CUAUGCAGUAGGGAGUUGUUUGGCGAACCCCGCAAGUUUUUCUUGACUUUAGUUGUCAUUUUGUGAUAACACACGCAAGCGGUCACUUUUUUUUUGUUAAAUUUUUAUAGCACUACUCGCUUCGCUUUUCACUCAUUACGGUUCCUUCAGCUGUAAAGAUACGGUCUUCGGGGCGUGGUACACAACAAACAAUAAAUUAAAAAAAAAAAAAAAAAAAGAAAGAAAAAAAAAAAAAAAAGCCGGAGACGGAAGGGGAGCCUCUGUAAAUUCUGGCUGACCGCGGCUGAGCUUAUGAUGCCGACGUUGCGGGACAGCACAAUGUCCCACCCCGGUGAGAAUUCCCACCAAGUCCGGGUGAAAGCCUACUACAAAGGGGACAUCAUGAUCACCCACUUUGAGCCGUCCAUCUCGUAUGAGGGCCUGUAUGGCGAAGUCCGGGAGAUGUGCUCCAUGGACAACGACCAGCUCUUCACCAUGAAGUGGAUUGACGAGGAAGGUGACCCAUGCACAGUGUCGUCUCAGCUGGAGCUGGAAGAAGCGCUGCGCCUCUACGAGCUCAACAAAGACUCGGAGCUCAUGAUCCACGUGUUUCCAUGUAUACCAGAGAAACCUGGCAUGCCCUGUCCUGGGGAAGACAAGUCCAUAUAUCGGCGAGGAGCGCGGCGCUGGAGGAAGCUCUACUUCGCCAGCGGCCACGCCUUUCAGGCGAAACGCUUUAACAGGAGAGCACAUUGUGCCAUCUGCACGGACCGCAUCUGGGGUCUCGGCCGACAGGGCUACAAGUGCAUCAACUGCAAACUGCUGGUGCACAAGAAGUGCCACAAGCUGGUCACCGUGGAGUGUGGCCGGCCCAUGAUCCAGGAGCCAAUUAUGCCUGGUCAACCUCCCAGUCAGUUAGACCCAACGGAACAGCCAGGCCCUCAGAAUAAAGACUCCAGAGAAAGCUUGACUUACGAUGGAGAGGAGAAAGAGGCGCGGAACAGCCGAGACACGGGGAAGUCGCCCUCCAGCCUCGGCCUGGCCGACUUCGACCUGCUGCGGGUGAUCGGCCGCGGCAGCUACGCCAAAGUGCUGCUGGUGCAGCUGAAGAAGACCGAGCGCAUCUACGCCAUGAAGGUGGUCAAGAAGGAGUUGGUCAACGACGACGAGGACAUCGACUGGGUCCAGACAGAAAAACAUGUUUUUGAGCAAGCGUCCAAUCAUCCCUUCCUGGUGGGCCUGCACUCCUGCUUCCAGACAGAAAGCAGACUCUUCUUUGUUAUUGAAUAUGUGAACGGCGGCGACCUCAUGUUCCACAUGCAGAGACAACGGAAGCUUCCGGAAGAGCACGCCAGGUUCUAUUCCGCAGAGAUCAGUCUGGCGCUAAACUACCUCCAUGAGCGCGGCAUCAUCUACAGAGAUCUCAAGUUGGACAAUGUGCUGCUUGACUCUGAGGGACACAUCAAACUCACAGACUAUGGCAUGUGCAAGGAGGGCUUGAGACCCGGUGAUACGACGAGCACUUUCUGCGGCACCCCCAACUACAUUGCUCCUGAAAUACUCAGAGGAGAAGAUUACGCCUUCAGUGUGGACUGGUGGGCCCUGGGCGUGCUAAUGUUCGAGAUGAUGGCGGGCCGGUCACCCUUCGACAUCGUGGGAAGCUCUGACAAUCCCGACCAGAACACAGAAGACUACCUCUUCCAAGUCAUAUUGGAAAAACAGAUCCGAAUUCCCCGCUCGUUGUCUGUCAAAGCCGCCAGUGUCCUCAAGGGAUUCCUCAACAAGGAUUCCAAGGAGCGUCUGGGGUGUCACCCUCAGACGGGCUUCGCCGACAUCAUGGGCCAUCCCUUCUUCAGAAACGUCGACUGGGACCUUCUGGAGCAAAAGCAGGUGGUUCCCCCCUUCAAGCCCAACAUCUCGGGCGAAUUCGGCCUGGACAACUUCGACGCCCAGUUCACCAACGAGCCCAUCCAGCUGACGCCCGACGACGAUGACGUGGUGAAAAAGAUCGACCAGUCUGAGUUCGAGGGCUUCGAGUACAUCAACCCGCUGCUGAUGUCGGCCGAGGAGUGUGUGUGAAGGGAGAUACGCACAAACACGCACUUGCAUACACACGUGCCAUCUCAGUGUCUUCACGCUGUGUGGUUACGAGGCAACCUGGCGACAUCAUCAGUCAUAGUUUUCGUUGUUGCCAAAAGCAGUUUCACACUCUGCCAGUUAUAACCACUCGUCCUUAAGUCUUCUCUCUAUGAAUUAUUUUUAUAUCCUCUCUAUACAAAUAUACAAAUGUAUAAAUAUUACCUGCACUGAUAUUGUCGUCGGGGGCCUCUACCAAGUUCUUCCAAGGUUAUUUACUGUACACAGACUCAUUUUAUUUGUAUAUACGAAACUGGUGUUGAUCAAUGUUAGCCCUCUUUUUUAGCGCAGUCAUCGGAAUCACACCUCUUUCUCCAAACACUAAAAUAUGAAACUAUAUAUUUUUAUUUAACUACAGCCGUUGUGUAUUGUCCGUUUGUGGCCUGAGAAUAAGAACUGGAGUUGAGUCAGCUAAAAUACUGUGGACAAACGUAGCGUGUGUUAGCCUGACUUAAACAUUCACGCAGGACCCUGAAAAAAUAAUUUUUUGCUGGUACGCAUCUAUCUAGAAAUGAGCGUAUUUCCUCAACUCGUGGCCUUACUCUUCCGAUCUGGAAGACAAAUUAUUAAUAAGUGUAUUGAUCUCCGUUCAAAGAUAUUAAAGCGUUAACAGCUGUGCCGGUUUGCGAACUCUGUUGCUGGCCAAAACAGCAGCGCAUACCGAGGUAGAAGCUUACUGCACGUUUUAAACUAGAUUCCUCCGCGGUAUUAAGGAUGAUCUGGGGGGAAGCGAAUGAAUUUGUGUGCAUCAAUGUUUGUUGUCCCGGUUAACUGGAUUCUCUUCGGUUUUACUUUUGAAUUACACUUUGACUUGAUGUAAUUUGUACUUGACGGAUGCCUCAAUCAUCUGCUGUUGAGUAAGGCCACUUUUUGUGGAAAUAUGCAAGUAUCCUGUCGUGUUUGCUCCGUUUAUGCCUUUUAUGUACUCUUAUUUCUCCAUUCCAUGUGAAAAUCAACAGGUUGAAGUACAUUUGAUUGUGGCUUUUGAACUGUUAUAUUUUCCUUAAAAAAAAAAAAAAAAAAAAAAUCUGUAGAUUAUUUUUCUGAAUGAUUCCACUAACUUAAAACACUAAGCAACGGAGCGCCAACAUCCGAUAAACACAUUGUCUGUUACUUUACUUUAUUUUAUUCAUGUUAUUGUUAUUACUUUUUAUUUGUAAUCACCAGAUCAAGUACGAAAUGUUACUGGGUAUGUUUUGGAACCCACCCAAAGGACUCUGCUGACAUUUUAUUAUUAGUGUGCAAAAGGACAAAAAAAAAAAAAAAGUCAAAUAAAAAAAAUAUUUCUCCUUGUGGUAAAAAUAUAUAUAUA